AUGUCAGUUCAUGUGGUUUCCAAGCUGGACAACAGCAAACAUGCCAGCUUUGAUGUCCAAUCUAUUGCUGGGGCCCCGUUGCCUGAGUCUUCAAUCCGGCUUCGCCCGCUACUUAUAAGUCUGACUUCGAACAACUUGAGCUACGCCCGCAUGGGUGAGCUUCUACGUUGGUGGGAUGCGUACCCCGUGUCCGAAAACUAUCCCGCUCCAUACAACGACCCAUCAGCAUGGGGAAUUGUUCCUGCUUGGGGUUACGCAACUGUGGAAGAAACGACUAUCCCAGAACUACCCAAAGGAACAGUCCUGUAUGGGUUCUGGCCAACAACGAGCACACCAACUGAUCUCCACCUCAAACCUGGAAAGCCAACCGGUCACUGGAUCGAGAUCAGCGGACAUCGUCAAAAGAUGAUGCCCCUGUACAACCGCUAUACAGUAACAGCAACAUCAAACACGAUCAACGACCUAGUCACCAAGACUCCGCCACCAUCCGCUCAAGAGGAACUCGAGCGUAUGGCAUGGACGACUCUGUUCAUUGGGGGCGUAGCGGGCUACGUUCUAAGUGAAUACGUCUUCUCCUCAAACCCAGAAACCCAACCAUCCAUCCACCCGCUAGGAUCAGCAUCUAAGCUCCCCUGGUCCCAAUCGGACGGCGACAUAUCCUCAGCGGUUACAAUCAACCUAGCAGCGUCGACAAAAACGGCUCGUGUAUUCUCGUACUAUCUAUCACGCAAGCCGGAGCGUUCAAUGCCCCUCGGCUUGUUGCACGUCACAUCAGCCGUGUCACGUAUCACAGAAGCCGAUCAGAAUCUAGCCACUCGGAUUCCAUCCAAAGCUGUCAGAUAUGAGGAUGCUGGGUCUGGGGAGACUGGGGAUUGGCUUGCUGAGCGGAAGCCUAAGGAGCUUGUUAUUAUUGACUUUGGGGCUAGGGGGGAUGCUCUUGGUGAUUUGAUUGAGUUGGUCAAGGGGCGUGAUGAUCUGAAGGAUUUGAAGGUGGUUAUUCUCCAGGUUGGGAGUGAGCAGAGGGUCUAUUCUACCGAGGAGAUGUUGGCUCAGAGAGCUGCCGUUGUGGAGCUUGGGAAAAUUCCGUUUAAUACUUCUGGUGUUCAGGAUACUGUUAUUGAACGGAUGGGUCCCGAGGAAUACUUCGCUACUAAGGAUGCGCGUUGGGAGGAAUGGUUGUCUGAGCGACACUUGAGUGUUCCUGGGAUGGAGAUUGUAUGGGGUACGGGUAUUUCGGGUGAUGGUAUUGAGAAGGGCUGGGAAAGGUUGUGUCGGGGUCAAGUUGGGGCUGAAGAAGGAUUGGUUUAUAGAUUUCAGUAG